CACUACUGUGUGACACAGACACAGACACAUAGCCUCUCUCUUUCUUCCUUUCUUCUUCUCUCUCUCUCUCCCUCUCUCCCUCCCUCCCUCUCUCUCUCUCUCUCUACUCAUUCUCCCAGCUGGCAGAAUACCGCAUUCACUCGGCGUCCCAUGUCGGCGAGUGAUGAAAGCACCCCGUCCACGUCGACGUCGGCGUCGACAUCGAUGGUGGCAGCAACCGCGCCCGCGACGGUUGCAGUGCCUACAAGAGGCAAGCGCCCGAAUCAGUAUGCGCGGCGGACGUGCCGGGCCUGUCGAGAGAACAAGAAGCGAUGUGUGAUGCCGCCUGCGUCGCUGCUCCUGGUGCCGUCGUACGACGAAGUUGGCGAGGCGUGUGCGCGAUGCGCCCGCAUCGGCCUUGCCUGCGUCCUCGACGACUUCAAGCGCAGGGGCAGGAGGCCCGUGGCACCGGCGGCGGCACCAGCGAUGGAAACGAGGGUCAGGCGUAGGACAGGGAAGAAGGAGCAGAAAAGCGAUCAAAAGGUGGAGCUGCUGGGGUCACGGUUGAUCAUGCUCGAAGUGGCACGGCAGGUCAUAGCAGCGGAUGCGGCGCCCCCAGAGGCCGCCGUCGAGAUGCCUUCGUCGAUGUCGCAUCUCGAUCGGCUUAUCGAGGACGACGUUUGCCAGGAAGUUUCCUACUGGUCCGAACAGGAGCUGCGGCUCUGGUUCCCCUUUUUGCCCACACCCUGGGAGCUGCGUUGCGCCCGGAGUGACUCCAAGCCCUCUUCUGCGUCCGUCGUGCUGGAGGUGGGGCAGUAUCUGAUUGCGGCGAACCAUACCAAAUUGCUCAGCCACUGCGAGAGGGCGGCCGUAUCCCUGGCUGAGCCGUUGCUCAAGACGGCCCUUGCCGAGAUCCUGCUCGAGCGCGCCUACGACGAGGCGCACAUCCAGGCUCUUCAGCUUCUCUCUGUCUUUCAGGCCUCGGGCGGCCUCUCGAUGCCGCUUGUGGCUGCCUGCAAAACUGCGGCACGUUUUGGUCUAUCUUCCAACUCCUCACCCUUGUCGUCGUCGUCAACGUCGUCAACGUCGUCAUCAUCACCUUCGUCAUCAUCAUCACCAUCCUCAUCGUCGUCAUCACCGGCGGCAGAGUCAAAGCUCAGGGCUGGACUGGCAUGGUGUAACGCGUGCAUGUGGGAUGCCUCAUUUCUGCUCGGAAUGCGCGAGGGCGUGGAGCACUUCCAGCCAGAAGAGUUCCCAAGCAUCGCCUACGUCGAGGAUCUCAUGGUUCAGGUAGAGAAGCUCUCCUGGACGAAUGCCGGCGUCCACAACAUCCUCGUACGAUGCCUGACUGUCGCCCACGCCGCCAAGGCCUGGAUCGAAGGAGGCUCGCUGGCUGAGUGGAACGAGAGCUUCGAGGGCUGCCUCCAGCCGCGCGUCGCAGCGCUCAACGAGCUGCAGAAGCCGCUGGCCAGCCUCGAGCUCCACGCGGCCAACUCGCUUCUCCAUGGCCGUCGUCUGGCCGCAAUCUUGGGUCCUACGCUUGCACGAAAGGUGGCCCUUCUGGGCCAGGGGUGCGAGAUGGAGGCCUUUGUGCAGCAGCGUCGGUACAUCAUCGACCGUGCCUCUGCCCGGCAGCCGCUGUCUGACGCGCAAGGCAAGCUGUGGAAAGACCUGCGCCAUCGUGGACCUUCACUGUUCGAAAUUUUCCAAAAGGAUCUUUCGUCACGCUUUCAUCCAGAGCUGCACCAGACCGCCAAGGCGCUCCUCUCGACGUUGACCUCCUCUCAGACUGUGCAAGAGCCCGAGGAAAGAGAGGGACGGCUGCCGUCGCUGCAGCCGUACGAAAACUUUCUCUUCUUCUUUUACCAGGCCGCCACAGUGGCCCUGCGUACCCACAGCCCUAUUCUCACCUGGUUCUCGACCGAGUCGAGCGACGUCGAAAUGCAGAGCGUGGCCAGGCUCAUUCAGACCCUCGCCGAGGGACCUGAGGAAUCCGACGAGGCGAUUGUCAGGGCGUGCGCAAAGGUCGAAUCGGACCUCUUCUACGACGUCAGCCUCGACCUGGGCUCUCUAUCGUGAGGCUUAGAGAUCAUUUCAAGAGUUGUAACAAUCACAAGUCUCUCUCCCCUGUAAUAUACAGUACAAAGCGA